ACUUUCGAACUGAAAAUUUCCUUUAAUUCUUUGGAAAUUUUAUAGCCUCCGGGUUGGUGCUUUUAAGACUAAAAUUUGAGGAGCAUACUUCUGCCUCACUUAACAUGUGUUAUCAUAUUGAUGAAGGAAGAUCUUAGAAAUCUUAAAUGGUUUCGAUAGUUUAAUGGAAAAUAUAUGAAAUAAUGGAAAUUGUUGAAGCAAGUUUUCCUAGGUUAAUGAAAUUUCAUACAUAAACUCCAUAUUGUAGGACGUGAGACAGGGAUGUGAGGCAGACGGGUUUAAUAGAUCUUGGUAGUGAUUUCAUUCCUUACUAACCCUUUACUUCAACUCCGUCGUGUAGAGGUGUAUAUAUAGACGGGGACGGGAGACCGAAACAGAACGCCCGGCGGAAAGGGCAGUUAAAUCAGGUGCGAGGCAGUAUAUUUAAUCUCUUGUUGACCGGUCUAUUUUUGCUUAGAGACACUGAUGAGGAUUCGAUAACAAAUUUAACAAAGCUAUUAGACAGCAUGGAGGGUAAACGUCAUUUAAAGCUUAUACGACCCAUGUCUGGAGGCAGAGCGGUGCUAGUCAAAGUUGGAAUUUUCAUCGUAUAUAUAGGAAACUUCAGGGAGUCCGAUAUGGAGUAUUCAAUGGAGAUGUAUUUUCGUCAGUAUUGGAAAGACCCGAGACUGGCAUUCGCUGGCAUGAAUGAAUCAGUGACCUUCAGUGGUGAACUGCCGGAGAUCGUAUGGCAACCGGACACGUACUUUGAAAAUGGCCUCAGUGGAAAACUACACCAUUUGACAGUCUUGAAUAAGUACCUUCGACUGUAUCCUGAUGGGCGGGUCUUAGUCAGUACCAGGUUGACUCUGUCCUGCUCAUGUGACAUGGACUUCAGGAAGUUUCCAAUGGAUGCACAGAUCUGUGAUCUUUAUUUUGCAAGUUAUGGGUUCACAACGAGAGACCUGAUUUACAGUUGGAAUGACGAGUUCGCAGCAUACACAGGCGACAAGGAAAAUGCACAGUUUUUACUGCAGACCUUUCGUUACCUUAACGGGACAAGAACAUAUGCAACAGGCAACUUCUCAUAUCUUGGUAUUCGUUUUGUUUUGGUUCGACGCUUAAGCUUUUACUUGACAAAAAUCUACAUCCCCGCUAUGCUGGUUGUUUUCGUCUCGUGGCUUUCAUUCUUCGUCGACAGGAACUCGGCGCCCGCUCGGGUAUCUCUCGGCAUCACGACAGUUCUAACCAUGACCACGCUGAUAAUGGGGUUUGGGCAGGACUCUUUGCCAGUGGUGUCGUACAUGAGAGCCCUUGAUUUGUACCUUGUCGUCUGUUAUCUGCUGGUAUUUGGUUCAUUUGCUGAAUAUGCACUUGUUAACUAUAGAAGCAAGCCUGGUAAUAAGCGAAUAAGUGAGCAAUCUGCAUAUCAAGAAGGCACCUCGUCCUCUGAGGGAACAUUAAAUGGAGAGUUACCUAACAUUCCAUCCUCUGGUGAUGUAGAAAACAAGAUCAGCUUUUCCCGGCAGACACAACAAGAAUUUAUCAUGGAGCAUGAAAGCAGUGCUUUGGAUAAAUGGUCGCGUUGGAUAUUUCUGCCAACAUUUCUUGUACUAAACCUAUUCUACUGGGUUUACUACUUAGUUAUUGAUAAAAGCAAUAUUCCGAAGGAACAGUGAAACCAAAGGUUAUGAAAGUUGUGCAAAUGAACUAAGACAACCACGCUUUAGCUUCCUCAAUCGAAGCAGAAUCCAAUAAUCGACACUAAGGAUUUUACUUCUUGAUGUACAGAUCGCAAGAGCUAUGCAAAGUGCCAUACUGCUUAUUCAUUUUACUGGGCCUAUUAAUAUAAAUAAGUAUGCGGGAUAACGUCAUUGAAAAAAUAGGCUCGCAAUGCGUACAUGUUGGCUCACGAGCUUUUUUCACUUUAUUUUCGCUUUUCGUGCACACUACAUGACACAUUACAUGAGGUAAGAGAACCGAGUAGCCGUUUUGGGUAAUACUUCAUGAAGAGCAUGAAUUUUGCAAGGUAAAUUCUCGUUAGUGGCCGUGAAACCGACAGCGACAAGACUUUCAGCUGCUACCUUGCUAAACACUAGAGUAGACAGAUUGUUUUUCAUUUUUGGUAUAAACAGCACUCGAGAAAUGUUUAUUACUGCCGUUUUAACAUAAACCUAUUCCAGAUUCAAAUUUUAUGAACGAAGAAAUUGUUUCGACUAGAUUUUACAUCUCGUUAGAGUUUUGUUGAUGAAUUCAGCCGUGUUCUUUUGGUAACGAUGGGUCUAUUUUUGUGCCAGUGUCGGCAGCGUGCCUAAUUUGCCUGUCAUACUAGGCUACGUUCACACUAGCAAUCCUAGGUGCACUAAGACGUCGUCCACACAAAGCUGGUUGAAUUUGAAAACGUAGAUUUCACUCUGUAAAAAUAUCAAAUGUUUUCCGUGCACACUACG